AAGCAGGAAUUCGAUGAGGAAGCACAACGAAAGCGGAAGUUGCUGGUGUUGUUAGACGUGAAUGGCUUUGGUCAGAUUUGGCGAGUUUCUGGAGCGAUAUCAAAGCAUCUGCUCCAAGGUCAUGACAGGAGAUAAAAAUAUCUAUAUCCAUGCAGUACCGUUCUCCUAGCAAUCCACCAUGAGGCUGAGGUUCAAGCUGAAGACUGUCUUUAUCCUCUACUUCACUGUCUCUCUUUUGGGGCUGAUGUACGCCCUUAUGCACUUGGGUCAGCACUGUGAGUGCAGUGAGCAUGACAUGACGAAGGAUCGUACCAUUUCCCGCCUUUUAGGGAAGUUACACAGCCUCCAGGGGCACACAAAGAAAGAACCUACCAAGCCCCACCUGCCAACCAUUUAUGUAAUCACACCAACUUAUGCCAGGCUAGUCCAAAAGGCUGAGCUAACCCGACUGUCCCAGACGUUCCUGCAUGUACCCCAGCUCCACUGGAUUGUUGUGGAGGACUCAUCCCAGAGGACCGACCUGGUGUCACACUUCUUGGAACACUCGGGCCUGGUCUUCACUCAUCUGCACAUUCCUACCCCACAAGAUCGCAAGCUCCAGGAGGGAGACCCCAACUGGCUGAAGCCCCGUGGCGUGGAGCAGCGGAACGAGGGGCUGCGCUGGCUGAGGGAGAACAUCUGGGUGGGUGAGGCGGCUGAGGGUGCGGUUUACUUUGCAGAUGACGACAACACCUACAGCCUUCAGCUUUUUGAGGAGAUGCGGUGGACCCAGCGGGUGUCUGUGUGGCCCGUAGGGCUGGUGGGCGGCAUGCGGUACGAGGGCCCCGUGGUGGAGCAAGGCCGAGUGGUGCGUUUCCACACGGGCUGGCGCCCCAGCCGGCCCUUCCCCUUGGACAUGGCUGGUUUCGCCAUCUCCCUGCGGCUCGUGCUGAGGAACCCAGAGGCCCGAUUCGAUGGGAAUUCGCCCAUGGGCUUCGUGGAAAGCAGCUUCCUGCAGGGCCUGGUAACCAUGGAGGAGCUGGAGCCUAAAGCUGAAAUGUGCACCAAGGUACUGGUGUGGCACACCCGCACUGAGAAGCCGAAGAUGAAGCGAGAGGAAGCACUGCAGGCUCAGGGGUUGGGCUCUGACUCGAAGGUGGAAGUGUGAAGCAAAGUGCCCAAGAAGUGGAUUAGCAUAACCUCAACCUAUCUGGGAUUGGUUCCAUGCACACUUGACCUGCCCAAGAUUGCCUGGGACAAGCCUGGUUGAGAUGUGAGUGCUGAACUCACCAAAGGGAAGGCUUAUGAUUGGAUGGCUUAUCUCUGGGGAUGAUGCAAGAACACACCCCCACCUAGAAAGAAGUUAAACUCUUAAAAACAGCCUCCCUCGCCUGUCAGAUUCCCUUUGCAUAUCCUUUGCUCAUUCAGACAACGGGGUCGAGGAGGUGGGCACUGCAGACUAGUGGAGAGGAAGAAAGAGGUUAAGAGGAACAUAUAGUAGGCAUAUAGCUAUUUAUAGAGAUUAAAAAAUAGAGGUCAAGGAAGGAAGGGAGGGCAGGACGAGCAACGUACUUGAAAAGCAAACAUUGUUGAAAUAGAUGUUUCUUCAUUCUUAUCUGCCUCUCUCUGAAACACGCCUCGGCUAACUGUCCCAGUAGAAUAAUCUAGAAACAGCUUUGUACAUAGUGUAAAACAAUGGGAGAGCAAAACUAUUUAAUGACAGAGUAUAAUUGCUGGAUGUAUACCUGCCUUAAUGUAUAUCCACCUGUAUGUUCGCAUGUGUGUAUGUGGUUCAGAUGGUGUUUAAUGCUUAGGUUUGAAUGUCAGUAUAUUAUGCAUGUUUCGUGCUUUUUGUAAUGUAUCCCGGUUCCAUCCUUAAACUAAUAAAACUCUUUCCACUGCUAA